AUGCUGCCUGUUACUCCCAUGUUUGCAAGAUUCAACUCUGCAACUCUGUGGUGGCGCGAAUUGCAGGUGACUCCAAUCCAGCUGCAUACCGAGGCAUUGAUGGUCCAGUUUUUCACUGUUAAUUGUUUGGGAUCUAUAGUGAUAGUCUUCUUUAAAGAAAGAAGAGCAGAUUGGUCAGCAUUUAAGCCUGCAAUUGUUCUGCCAAGUGAUCGAGGAAUAUGGUUUUGCCUACUGGAGGUGACUCUAGGGUCGUUGGUCUUGCUGCUACUGCAGAGCCACAGUCGGCUACAUAUGAACUAUGAAGUGAAGGUGGAUAGUGCUUUCAUUGAGGUGAUUGUAGAAGAUGAAUCAAUUAUAGGGUCCAUGACUAACAGAAUUGGAGGGGAUAUUUCGAACUCCAUGGAGAAGAAAGACCUGAAACAUGGUAUUAUUGGUAAGGAUGGUCAGCUGCAUAAUGUGUAUUAUAGUGGCAUUGAGGACAGUUUGAAGAAGGGAAAUGGACAAAAAGUCAUGCUCGAUCCUUUCUUCUAUCCUGGUCAGGAAGAAAAAAUUGCUACUGGAGAUGCUACUUUUGACAAUGAAGGGACUGAGGCUAGCUCCCUGAGAAAUUCAUCUGUAGUGCUUCAGAGGUAA